AUGGAAAGUCCUCAUGAGCAUCAGCAAAACCUGCUGCUUUCUCGCAUCAUCACCAACGUGGAAAAACUCAACGAGGCUGUCGUGGUCAUGAACAAAGCUUUGCAGGAGAUCAACAUCCAGAACAUGAACGUCGAGCUCGUUGCUCAGAUGUUUAAGAACUACCAAUCCAACGUUUUGUUCCAUCUUGAGGGUAGCGACCGACAAUUUGAAGCCGCCUUCGUGAACCUCUCGGGGGCGAUCGCUGUAUGGCCGGGGAUCUGGACGAGGAAUGAGACAAGAUUAAUGAGAGUGAUUCAGGUGCAAUUGCAACCAAGAAGUUGUAGCACAAAUACCCCCAACGAGAAGUUGCUACCCUCGCCGUAG